CUCUCAAACUUCAAUAACAUACUUUUAAAACCGCUGAGUUUUACAAUUAACGUUGCAGUUACUUAAAAUUGUUAUUUUAAACGUAAAAAGUAGUUAUAAAUGGUCGAUAAUGGAAAACGAGAAUCAUUUUGCAGACAAUAAGUUGCCCAUUGUAUACUCUAAGCGUUAUGCAGUACACUUUGCUGGUCUGGAGAAAUUGCAUCCAUUUGACUCAUCUAAGGGAAAACAUAUACAACAGCUAUUGUGUGCAGAGCUAUCGCUGGAGAAUGGCGAUUUCUACGAGACUACUGAGAUUACCAAAGAGCAAUUGCUGCAAGUGCACACUCACAAGUAUUUAAAGUCGCUCAGGUGGAGCAUAAAUGUUGCAUCCAUUGCGGAGAUUCCGGCCUUGGUUUUUGUUCCUAAUUUUACACUGCAGAAAAAAUAUUUGCGUCCCAUGCGCUACCAAGCCGCCGGGUCAAUAUUAGCCGGCAAGCUGGCUAUGGAGUACGGUUGGGCAAUAAACUUAGGCGGUGGAUUUCAUCAUUGCUGCUCUUACAAAGGAGGCGGCUUUUCACCUUAUGCAGACAUCAGCCUAUUAAUAUUGCGCCUAUUCGAGGCGGAGCAAUCUAAGGUUCAGCGUGCUAUGAUUGUCGACCUGGAUGCCCACCAAGGAAAUGGGCACGAGCGGGAUUUCAAAAACGUUGAGGACGUAUACAUUUUGGAUAUGUACAACGCGUUCAUAUACCCACGAGAUCACGAUGCCAAACUAACCAUACGCUGUGCUGUGGAAUUGAAUCACCUUACCAAAGACGUCUACUAUCUCAAGCAACUAAAACGUUCCCUGAUGAGAGCCCUAAGCGAAUUCAAGCCUAAUAUAAUUAUUUAUAAUGCUGGUACGGAUGUGCUUGCAGGCGAUCCGCUAGGCAACUUAUCCCUUACGCCUGAAGGUGUAUUAGAACGCGAUUGCUUGGUCUUUAGCACGUUUCGUUCACUAGGCAUUCCUGUAGUAAUGCUCCUCAGCGGUGGUUAUAUGAAAUCCUCAAGUCGCGUCAUUGCCGACUCAAUCGUCAAUUUGCAGCGACAAGGCUGGCUAGGAGCUAAAUGCCCUAAAAAUUCGAAUCUUUAAAAUGAUUACUACAAAGAGUCCGAGGAAAAUUUAGGAAUUGGAAGUACUUUAAAUAAUAAUGGGCUGUUGAUUUUCUUAUCGAAGAAACAUUCUUCAAAUUCAGAAUCUAGCUUUCUAAGAAUACCUCUCCUCUUGGAGAGUUUCUUAACUAUGGGUCUAAAAGUAAGUCUUAGAGAAGCCUAAUAGCAAACUGUUUCACAUUACAUAAAAACAAAAGCUUUUAAUUAUAACAGGCCUUUUAAAUUGUUUUAAUUUAUAAGUAGAUAUUUGUGGCUUAUACAAGUUAUGUCCGCUUCUUCAAUGAGAGUGUCGAUCAAGAGAUACAAGGACCAGAGCUUCGAUAGGUAACUACCGCUAUAACCCCUAACUACCACCCUAAAAUAUUUAAGAUACGCUUUAAAAACUUCAUUGAUAUAGUCCUAAACUUUCUUAGUAA